AUGUAUGCGAUCUCGGGCCACUUCAAUCCGGCAUUGACAGAAAACAUGCAUGCCGAAGGCAUCAACCAUCCCCAUCAUCAUCCCAACCACGGCACGAUCUUGAUGCAUAAUCACAAUAAAGCGACCGGAUUCACCAAGUCGGACAAGGCCAAGUGCCGAGUCGACAACUGUUUUCCCACGCGCGAAGGCGUUGUGUGGCCCAUGGUGGGGGCAGGCAAUGCAACCGCCACGGUUCUCAACGGACGAGCCCUUGGCCUGUACGACUCCUUCCCGGCCCACCAUUCCGCCAUGACAACGUACUCUACAGCGAGCCGCUGCCGUAUGUUCUGUGGAAUCCCGACCAUCCCAGCAGCCACAACCAGGGCCGCCCAAUACCUCAAUCGUUAA